AUGGCUUCCAGCCCACUGCCAGGACCCAACGACAUCCUGCUGGCGUCGCCCUCGGGCGCCUUCCAGCCCGACGCGCUGAGCCAGCCGCGUCCAAGCCACGCCAACCUCAAACCCAACCAGGUGGGACAGGUGAUCCUCUACGGCAUUCCCAUCGUUUCGUUGGUGAUCGACGGGCAGGAGCGCCUGUGUCUGGCGCAGAUCUCCAACACUCUCCUCAAGAACUUCAGCUACAACGAGAUCCACAACCGCCGCGUGGCGCUGGGCAUCACGUGCGUGCAGUGCACGCCGGUGCAGCUGGAGAUCCUGCGGCGCGCCGGGGCCAUGCCCAUCUCAUCGCGCCGCUGCGGCAUGAUCACCAAACGCGAGGCCGAGCGUCUAUGCAAGUCGUUCCUCGGCGAAAACAGGCCACCCAAGCUGCCCGACAACUUCGCCUUCGACGUAUCUCACGAGUGCGCCUGGGGCUGCCGAGGCAGCUUCAUCCCCGCGCGCUACAACAGCUCGCGCGCCAAAUGCAUCAAAUGCAGCUACUGCAACAUGUACUUCUCGCCUAACAAGUUCAUUUUCCACUCCCACCGCACGCCUGACGCCAAGUACACGCAGCCAGAUGCAGCCAACUUCAACUCGUGGCGUCGUCAUCUCAAGCUCACGGACAAGAGCCCCCAGGACGAGCUAGUCUUCGCCUGGGAGGAUGUCAAAGCCAUGUUCAACGGCGGUAGCCGCAAGCGCGCGCUGCCCCGGCCGGGCGCGCCCCCCGCCUGCCACCCGCUCAGCUCGAUAAGAACAAGGAGCAUAGCUUUUUCAUCACAGACUCUGAUGCUUCUGGAGGAGAUUUUUGGAGAGAAAGAUCAGGGGGACCAUGUACACAAAUAAUUGAGGACAACAUUUGCUU